AUUCGGACACUUAAGCCACUUAAGUCCAGUUGAGUUGAGAUCCGACUCUAGGUCGACGCUUGGUCUAAACACUUAAAUCCAACUUACAAUGUGACGGAAAAAAAGUAGAAUUUGGACAUUUAAGUCGACAUUUGUAUAAAUAUUAUCGAAAUCAAAUUUUAAAUGCGCAUUCAGGUUGAUAUUCGUGAAAUUAGGACACUUGGGUCGACACUUGAUCUAAAUACUAAAAUUUAACUUGAAAGGGCAUUUAAAAUGCGCCUUUAGUUAUGGUAUUAGGUCGACAGUAUUUUAAUUUAUCAACUUGACAUUGGCGCAAAAGGUGAUGGGAAAUUUCAUAAAAUUCCGCGCCAAUGGCCUAUAAUUUUACAAUUCGUUCCUAGUGUUAUUGUGUAGGUCAAUCUCAUUGUAAUUGGAGAAGAAGCUGGUAAAAAGUUAGUUUUAGUUUGGUCUUUGCAUGCCUUACUUGUUAGGGGAAUUGAUCUUCGAAACUUUUUAUAUACGAUUGGGAAGCCGAGAAAAAUGCGCCAAAAAUCAAAGUGCGGGAAAAAAAAGUAUUGAUGAAGUACCGCCGUGGGUGCACGCUCAUAGCCUUGGGUCAGGAAUGUCGACUUAAACCCAAAGCAGCUAAUAUUUGCCGUAUUCAGCAUUACUAAUUGAUUGUGGUGGAGAAUCAUCAACAUAUUGAAAUUCAUUCAUUUGGAGGAACCAGCCAGCCAGCCAGCUAGACCAGGAAGAAGACGCUUUGACAUUACAUGUCAGGAAAAUUUGGAUUUGAUAACUAUAGCUAGCCAUCUAGCUAGAAGGUAUCAAUUUUAAAAAGUAGAAAAAUAAUGGCACUGAGACAGACUCGUAAAAAUAGCUUCUCUAAUCAAAAACAAUAUGAAAAGUAUUGUCUUGAAGGAGUUGACCAGGAUGGAUUUGAAAAAUUUCGUAUUAAUGAGUUCAUUGGCUUUGGUAUCUUUGCUGUAAAGCGUUUUGAAAAGAAAAUGUUUUUGUUGGAGUAUCCAGGGGAAGUGAUAUCUUCACAGGAAGGAAAAAGACGAUGUGAUACCUAUGAUGCUACAUUAGGGUCUUAUUUAUUUUUCUACAACAAAAUUUGCAUUGAUGCCACAUUUUGCAACAGGCUUGGUAAAUUUGUUAAUGACAGCAUCAAACCAAAUUGUGCAAUGAAAGGGAUCAAAAUAAAUGGUCAAACUCACUUAUGCCUUUUCGCCUUGAGAGAUAUCGAGAUUGGAGAAGAAAUUCGAUAUAACUAUAAUGCACCAGGGCUGUUGUGGCGUAAGACUCCAUUAUCUAAAAAAGUCUAUAAUCUUUACCAUCUAAAAAAACAGCAAAGUGAAGAAUUUAAGCAGCAAUCAAUAGCUAAUGAGGAAUGGGAAUGUACUUAUCACUCCAACAUUAAAGAGGACAUUGAUUUCCAAUGUAUUGAGAAGUGUGAGAGGAGACAUGGAAUAGAUCAAAUUAUUAUAGAACCUGAAAUUCAUUGCGAAGUCAAGCCAGUUGUGAAACCUCAGGUUGACUUAACAUGCAAUAUGUUUGAGGAAAUUCCAAAUAGUAUUGAUGGUUAUGAUGAUAUAAAGGAUGUAUUGGAUAAUUGCCUUCAAAGUUUAAAGAAUAUGAAACCUCAAACAUUGAGCCAAACGGAUGAUGGAAUUUGUAUUUUUCCCUCUUUGAAAUCGCAAGCUCCAUUGAGAGAAAAAAAGCCUGAAGCUAAUAAUAUGGAAGAAAAAUCUGAUGUAACAACAAUUAAGCAAAAUUGUAAAGGUGUUGAGUUCUGCCUCACUUCACUGAGAGAAGAAAAGCCUUUCUCUGUUAUUGUUGAGGAAACAUGGACAAAGGCUGUUAGUCCAAUGGCUGCAAAUACUGUUGAGAUAAAAUCUGAUGUUGAGCAUUGGCUCACUUCACUGAGAGAAGAAAAGCCUUUGUCUGUUAUUGUUGAGGAAACAUGGACAAAGGCUGUUAGUCCAAUGGUUGCAAAUACUGUUCAGGUAAAAUCUGAUGUUGCAAGAGUUCAGAAACAUUGUAAAGAGGAUUGGCAAGUUUCGCAGACAGAAGAAAAGCCUGGAGCUAUUUCUGAAAGGAAGACCUCGGCAAAUGAAUAUGAUAAAAAGCCUGCAAUCACUCUUGAGAAGAAGAAACCUGAUGUUGCAAGAGUUCAGAGACAUUGUGAAGAUGUUGAGGAUUGGAAAGUUUCACAGACAAAAGAAGAGUCCAAAGCUAUUUCUGAAAAAAAGACCCUGACAAAGGAAUUUGACCAAAUGCCUGCAAUUAGUCAUGAGGAGAAGAAGCCUGAUGUUGCAACAGUUCAGAAACAUUUGAAUGCUGUUAAGCAGUGGCAUACCUUGGUGAGAGAAGCAAAGCCAAAAGCUGUUAUUAUGGAGGAAACCUUGACAAAGGCUGAUAAUCAAAUGCCUGCAGUUACUGAUGGCAAAGAACAUGAUGUAAAUAAGCAAAAUUAUGAAGAUGUUGAGAAAUUGAUUAUGGAGGAAAAACCAAUGGAACAAUUUGAUGUAUCAGAUGAUUCUGCGUUGCAACUGGACCCUGAUGUUGAGGUUAUAAAUACAGAUAAUGAAUCAUCCACACUAAAUGUUGAAACUCCGUUUCAUUCUACUCCAGUCUUGGCACGAAAGAAAAGAAAAAAGUGGUCAAUAAAUAAUUUUGUGCUGAAGAAGAGAAAAGUAAGACUUGGGAAGGAUUCUACCAAAUCACACAAAAAUCUCUCCAGUCAGAAAAGGAUAAAGGGGCCAAAACCCCAUAGGCCUUGUAUGUUCUGUGGAGUCCAUUCAGCGGCAUUGAGUCGACAUAUUAGCACAGUUCACAAGAAAGAGGAUAUCGUUAAAAAAGCCAUGGAAAAACCGAAAAAGGAAAGGCUUCGUAUGUUUGAUUCAUUUAAGAAACUGGGAAUAGAAAAGUUCAACUUCGCACAGCUAAAUGAAGACAACCCAAAAUUUUACAGAGAGAGAAAACAAUCAAAAUCAGAGUCAGAUUUGGUGAAAUGUUCAAACUGCAAAGGAUUUUACGGAACAAGGUAUUGGAUACGACAUGUGAGAGACUGUGGAAACGGUCAAUCUGUUCCUAUAAAGUUAUCUUCAAUGAAAGUUACUGAACAAUUCACAUGUUCUGAUGAGUUCAGAAAACACAUCGUGAAUAAAAUUAGGGACGACCCAGUUGGCGAUUUGUGUAGAUCUGAUAGGGUUAUAUUAGACUAUGGUAAACAUAGUUAUGACAGAAUCAAAAGAAGACACGAGAAACAAGAAGAAGUAAGAAAGUCAGUGCGAAGUGAACUGAGGCGCAUUGCACAUUUAUAUAUGAUUUUUAAAAUGCAAAAUGUAAAGACAUUCUUUAAGAACUCAAGUGAUAUGUUGAAAAGGGAGAAUUUUUUGAGUCUGAAAGCGGCGAUUGAACACUACACAACACGGGAUGAUGACACAUUAAAGGCCAGCCUAAAGUCAUCCAUUUAUUAUCUGCUGAAAAAUUUUGCAAAGUGUAGAAAAGGAAUACUACUUAUUCACAAUCAAGAUGCUGAUGCAAAAGCUAUCGACGACUUUCUUACUGUUUUAGAGUUAGCCAAGGAUCAUAUAUUUGGUGAGGCACAACAGGCUAUACAUAAGAAACGCCAGAUUCGUUUAAGGCGACCAAUGGCACUUCCACUUGAAGAUGACAUCAAAGCACUAAGAGGCCACAUACUUGCAAAGAUUAAGCAAAUCACAUCUGAUAAUUUUUUAAUGUUAGAUACAUCAGCCUAUAUAGAGCUUAGAGAUGCUUCAUGUGCCCGUUUGACUUUAUUUAAUGCACGUAGGGGAGGUGAAGCUGCACGUCUUCUGUUGUCUGAAUGGGAAGAUGCAAAGUCAGAUGCCUGGAUAGAUUCGCAACGUGUUGAGGCAAUCGAAGAUCCCAUCGAGAAAAAGUUAAUGUCCACAUUAAAAAUAACAUAUCAAAUGGGUAAAGGCAAUUUUAAGCUUGUCCCUGUUUUAAUCCCAGAAGAUGUACAAAAGGCUUUAAUAAUGUUAGCUGACAAGAAGAUCAGAAAGGAUGUAGGAAUUUCUGAUCAAAACAAAUACCUUUUUCCCAGUACACAAGGAUCAGAAUGCCAUGCAUCUGGGUGGCAUGUUAUACAGAACCUUUGCAGCAAAUUGGAGUUAAAAUCAAGUGGAACGAUCACAGCUACCAAACAAAGACACCGGGUGUCUACUCUUUUUGCUUCAUUGGAGUUAUCAAAGUCGGAUCGAGAGGCCAUUUUUACACAUUUAGGGCACUCAGAAGAUAUCAAUGUAAAUGUGUAUCAAGCCCCAGCAGCAAUCAGAGAAAUCACAAAAGUUGGGAAGCACCUGACAGACAUGGAUAAAGGUGAAAACGACGUUAUCCACCCACAAAUGCCGUCGGAAACUUCAAUAUCAAAUUCUGCUUUGACUACAUCAAACGAGAGCUCCUCUGCUGUUCUUAAAGAAACCUAUCAACACAAAAAUGAUUCUUCUGUGAUUUUACCUAAGAAUUAUACGAAUAAAACAGUCAUCCAGCAGGAACAAAAAGAUUACUGUUUUAGAAUGAGAACGGUCAACAAAAGUAAACCCGAAGAACUCCAAGGAGAUUACGAAAAGGUACCCAGAAAGAGGAAAUUUGAUAUGAAAUGCGAAGAAGAUUUGAAUGAUUCAUCUGAUGAAAAUUUUGAAAUAUUGAAUCCGUCUGAGGAAGAAGAGAGUAGUUCUGAUGGUUAUGAGAAUUCCCAAAACAAACCGAAAGGAAUCGCCCAAGGUCAACGUCGUAGAGGGAGACCCCGUAAAGCAACUAGAGAAGCCUUAGAAUUGAAUCAAAGAAAGGCUGCAAGCGUUCCUAGUCGUGUUAAUUUUGUUUGGUCAGAUGUGUUAAAUGGUGAAAUCAGGCGUGCAUUCAAGUGUUACAUACAUCGAAAGGCAGAGAAAGCAAUGCCAUCUCGAAAGGUGAUGGAAGAUUUCAUUAUAAAACACAAUUUGCCACUGACGUACGAUAGUGUAAGGGUAAAGAUUGUCAAUGAAAGAACACGGUGUGACAAAUUGAAAUUGAGACGCGAAAUCAAUAUGAACAUUUAGAAGGCCUAUAUUUUACACUUUUUUUUAAUAUAUCAUUUCUGUUUUUAAUAUAUCAUUUCUGUUAAA